AUGGACCUUACUUCCACCACUAACGCGACGGCGACCCCAAUUUCCGAUGAUUUGAGCGCGCCCAUUGGCACCGAAGGCAGCGAGAGCCGACAGAACGGCGAAGUUGAGACCACUCUAGCUACCAAUCUUACGGAUCUGAUCGAUCUUACCGAUGAAGAAUUUAACAUUGCUGACGGCUUCCCAAAGAAUAUGACGCUCGAAAUCGGCGGCCGCAUGUUCAAAGUCGCGCGCAAUACACUGGAGUCAGAGUCAGGUCUUUUCCGAAGCCAGUUCUCCAACCUCUUCACUUGGACGCCCGAACCAGACGGCUCGUACUUCCUAGAUGCCGAUCCUGACCUUUUCGAGCACCUCCUCCGCUAUAUGCGUCGUCCUGAGGUAUUCCCGCUGUUUUACAGCGUGAUGAAUGGCUUCGACUAUGACUUGUACAAUCGCUUGCAAGCUGAAGCGCUGUACUUUCAGAUGAAGAAGCUGUAUGAGUGGAUUGAAGCAAAGGUACUGGUAAGACUGAGGAGUGGUGCGUUGUUCCACGAACUGAGCAAGUGUAUCUCUGCCCACGUCGAAUACGGCCUCACAGAGGUUGUCCGGACAGGUGUGGUCGGCAAUGCCAUCGGAGGCAGGCGGGAUUUGCCGUAG